UUGGUUGAGGAAGUAGUUUUCUACCGAUGUACGUGUUUUUAACAGUCUACACGCAGUGACAGUUAGUUUAGUUAGAUGGUCAGUAUAUAAUUAGCAAUAUCAGGAGACAAUUUUAGCAGCUGAGAGGUAGGCAUUUCAGAGUGACAUCCAGAUGAUUAUGGCAAGUGUGUUCGCAGAGAUAGCAGAGAGCACGCAGAUGGCACGGGAGUAUGCGUUGCUAGGCAACUAUGACACUGCUGCCAUAUAUUACCAGAGUGUUGUCACGCAGAUCCAGAAAUUGCUAACAACAAUUCGAGAUUCUGUUAGAAAGCAAGAGUGGACUGAGAUCCAGAACAAGGUUAUUAUCGAGCUGCAGUAUGUCAAGGACAUCCAGACGACCUUGCAGAGUUUCUUCCGCAGCGACGAUCCGAUCAACUACGACGCCCGCUCGGCCAUGGCCGGAAUGUCGUCGGCCGUCUGCGGGGACCAGAAGGCAUUUGAGGUGCCAACCAGGGACCCUGACGUUUGGCCACCACCCACACCAGCUGAGCAUAGGCCAACGCCCGCGGUGAGGUCGCGACCUCCGGCUAGGAAGCCCGACACGUCGUCGUCGAGGAGCAAGCCGGCGCGAUCGCGUGACGAGAAGGGCAAGAAGGACGCGCCCUCCUCGAAGGGACCUCGCUUCUCGAGGGAGAAGGCUCCGGCGAAGAAGAAGAGCGAUAAACAGGAGAAGGACAUUAAAGAGGAAGAUAAGAAGGGAGGAGAAGUGGAUGAGGAGGAGAAACGUUUUGACGGGUCUGCUUAUGAAAAGGAUCUUGUCGAAAGUUUAGAGAGAGACAUUCUGCAAAAGAACCCCAAUGUGCACUGGUCCGACAUUGCUGAUCUCACAGAAGCCAAGAAGUUGUUGGAAGAAGCUGUCGUGCUUCCUCUCUGGAUGCCAGAGUUCUUCAAAGGAAUCAGACGACCUUGGAAGGGUGUGCUGAUGGUUGGACCACCUGGGACAGGUAAGACACUGUUGGCAAAGGCUGUUGCGACGGAGUGUGGAACGACAUUUUUCAAUGUGUCCUCUUCUACCUUGACCUCCAAGUACCGUGGAGAUUCGGAAAAGCUUGUGCGUCUGCUGUUUGAGAUGGCGAGGUUUUAUGCUCCCAGCACCAUCUUCAUUGAUGAGAUAGACUCGAUAUGUUCCAAGCGGGGGAGUGAUCAUGAACAUGAAGCAAGUAGACGAGUCAAGUCUGAGCUGCUUGUUCAGAUGGACGGUGUGGAUGGCACUACGGGACAAGAGGACUCUAGCCUAGUGAUGGUGCUAGCAGCUACCAACUUCCCUUGGGACUUGGACGAAGCGUUGAGACGUCGUCUGGAGAAGAGAAUCUACAUUGCGCUUCCUGGAAAGGAAGGCAGAGAGCAACUGCUGAACAUUAACCUGCGGGAAGUGAAGAUGUGUGCUGAUGUAGAGCUCCCAAUCAUCGCUGAUAAGCUGGAGGGCUACUCUGGUGCCGAUAUCACCAACGUUUGCAGGGAUGCAUCCAUGAUGGCCAUGAGACGGCGCAUCCAGGGCCUCACCCCCGAGGAGAUACGAAAUCUGGACAAGAACGACCUUGAGAUGCCGACAACGAUGGCCGACUUUAAACUGGCAUUAACAAAGGUCUCCAAGUCGGUAUCAAAGGACGACCUUGAGAAACACGAAAAGUGGAUGAAGGAGUUUGGGGCAUCUUGAGUCAGGUGUACUUGCAAUGAUUCCUUCAAUGGUGCGUGAUGAGUCUAGGGCAACUAUACAACGGUAGUCAGAGUGGUGACAGUGGAUUGUCCUGACAUCCGGUUAGUGAAAUUUAGGUGCAUUUUGGUAAUUUACUGUCUUUUAGGUAAUAGUUGCAACUAAAUAUAAAUUGAUAUUUAUUGAUGGACUGUCAUUAGUUAUAUCAGUAAGUACUCACCUCACUGAGCAAGUAAUAAUGAGGCCAGAAGGUUGUCACUGUAUCUAUUUAACACUGUUUCCCUGCACUAGGUAUCAAACGAGUGAGAAGUAACACACCGUACUUCCUGGUGUAAUAACUAGGAAUAUUUAUAAUGUAUUAUGACACCGGUCUCUAUGCACUUCAUCUCAUUGUAUUUUUGUAACUGCAUUAAUUUAUUUCUAAUGCAAGGGACGAAGAAUGAGUUGAACUCGAAUUGUGGCGACUGUAUCCUGUGCAGGCAUAACUCAUGCAUACAUGGCAUGUCCUAGUAAACAUUCACAGCACACACGCCCACAUGUAUGUACAUGUCUUGAUGAAGUCAGCAGUGAAUAAAAACACAUUUGUUUUUAUUCACUCCUGAUUAAAUGAACCCUGCUCAAAAUAAGUUAGCUUACCUGCCAUACUUGUGGUCAGAGCUUGAUUCGGUGACAACCUGUGCUUAUAUAUGUGUUAUUAUACAGGUACGCAAUAAGUACCCAUGUUGUUAUGUUAUGCAGUCCUAAAAAUGUUUAUCAAAUGUAUGAAAAUGAGAAUAGUUUGCUAUAUUCAUGUUUAUUCAUUAGAUCACACGAAUUUAUCCUUCUGUACUAUAUAACUUAAGGUAAAUCUUCUUAAAACUACUCCCGUACUAGAACCCCCUAGUUUGUAUGCCCUGCUCUGUAGGCUCGACUUAAAACAACUAUAGCUUAAACUUCCAGUUAUAAACAGCAAUAACUGCCACCAAGGUAUCUGUGUAAAUCGUCUGCAACCUGCAGCCUGUCAGAGCUUUUGUCUAGUUUUUUAUAUAUGGAAAACUUCAUAUAAAGUUUAAUAUCAGUCAUGUGAAUAAAGUGACAUGGUUAAAGCAU